GCUAGCUUACGUUUCUGUACAUCGGAGCAGGAAAAGAAAACCAUCAACCAACACUGCGCGGCGGCAGAAGAGUCGAACCAUGGUGUCCACCGCGGCUCUCUUUCUCGUCUCUUUGGCCUCUGCGUGUGAACAGGUUUUUGCUGAAAGACAGCUCAUUUAUGCUACAGUGUUGUUUCGACAUGGUGACAGGUCACCAGUGAGAGCCUUUCCUACUGACCCUUAUCAAGAAAGUUCCUGGCCUCAGGGCUUUGGUCAGCUGUCGCAGGUCGGGAUGAAGCAGCACCAUGAGCUGGGUCAGUAUCUGCGGUCGCGGUACAAAGACUUCCUCAAUGAAUCCUACAUCCGCCACGAGAUUUUAGUUCGCAGUACAGACGUUGAUCGCACCUUGAUGAGUGCUGAAGCCAACCUUGCAGGCCUCUACCCCCCUAAAGGUCGACAGAUAUUUCAACCCAGUUUAAAGUGGCAGCCCAUACCGGUGCACACGGUACCGCAAAACGAAGAGAAGCUGCUCUCAUUUCCUUUGAACGACUGUCCUCGCUACAAACAGCUGAUGAAUGAGACUGAAAACACAGCAGAAUUUAUCAACGUCACAACAAAAUACCGGGACUUUAUAGAGAUGGUAAAAAAUAAAACAGGGCUGAAGGCAGCAACUGUGGAUUCAGUGUGGAGUGUGUAUGACACACUGUUCUGCGAGUCCCGACACAACAUGUCCGCUCCAGACUGGGUCACUCCCGGCGUCAUGGAGAAGCUCAAAUUUCUGAAAGACUUUGGAUUUCAGCUCCUAUUCGGGGUUUACAAACAACAAGAGAAGAGUCGCCUGCAGGGAGGUCUCCUGCUGGGGGAAAUUGUGAAGAAUCUCACCAAGAUGGCCGCCCCACACCCACAACGGCAAUUAAAACUGAUGAUGCUCUCAGCGCAUGACACAACCGUAGUUGCUCUUCAGGCCAGCUUGAAUGUGUUCAACGGAAAGCAGGCGCCUUACGCCUCCUGCCACAUAAUUGAACUGUACAGGGACGACAAUGGAUCUGCGUCCGUGUCGAUGUUUUACCGCAACGACACCAGCGUGCAGCCGUACCCAGUCCAGUUGCCAGGUUGCGCUCAUGUCUGCCCCCUAGAGGACUUUGUGAGGAUCACAAAGCCGUUCAUCUCAGACGACAGGGAUAAGGAGUGUCAGGUGCCGUCAAAGGGGAGAGACAGACAAGUGAUCAUCGGCCUGACCUUGUCCGGCUGCCUGCUCCUCGUCCUCAUCGCCGUCCUCCUCGGAGUCCUUUGCCGACACAAGGAGUCCAAUAGCAACAGGGGAUACCACCAUGUGAUCAACCAGGAAGCCGGAGAGGAAUCCUGACAGAGGCACAAGCUACUGCUUCAGGGAUCGACGAGCUUCGCCUCUUGGGACAGCAGCAGCAGCGACGAUGAAGAAGAUGAAGAAGAAAAACUUUAAGUGACAAUAAUCUUGGAAUUAUCAAUACAGUUCACUGUGCCUUGCAUCGAAUUCGGACACUGCAAAAUUAGUUGCAAAUAUCUUAAUGCUUUUGAAAUAAGACAAAACUAACUUUGAGAUAAGAGUUCAUUGUUUUAACUCAAUAAUUUAUUGAUAUUGAUUAAAAAGUUCUGGUUCCACUGGCAGAUUAUUUUACUUAUGACACAAGAAAAUCUCUUGUUAUAAGUGAAGUUAUCUGCCAAUGGAAAUCUAACUUUUUUGUCAAUAUUAAGGGAUUAAAACAAACUCCUAUAUCUUGCUGAAAGAUCAUAAGUCAGUUUUGUCUUAUUUCUUGUGGUUUAAAAUAUUUGCGCUAAAAUCUGGACUAAAAAUACUUGGUAAGAUUCAGUGUUUUGCAGUGGAAUACUGUGAAAAUGUUUCAUUCUUGGAUGUGGGUGCUGGGUUUUGGGCCUUGUAAGGUCUGAUGACCAAGAUGCCUUAAAUAUUUUUCGGGUCGUAGCUUUCAACUCUCAAUACUUCAGCUAAGAGUUUCUGAAGCAAUCUGUUUGAUUUACAGCCUUAUCACACACUGGGAAAAUAAAAUGUGGGGGCUUGAAAAGCCUGAAUGACAAGAAUAGAGAAUAAAAUGGUUCUUUUCA